UUUAAUAAACAAAGCAGUUCCUCCCCCUGGGCACACACGGAAGUAGAAAACGUGCAGGAAGUUGUCACGUGACCUCUUCAAAUUAUUUACUAUCAGCUCGCAACAUAACGGACAACCCAGGAAGAUAAGUCAACAAAAGACAGAGCUACUUUGGUGAACACCAUGAAAAUCGCAUCUUUUAACAUCCAGCGUCUGGGUCCGACAAAGCUCUCGGACAAAAACAUAGUCAAGUAUCUAAUAAAGAUUUUCUCUCGCUAUGAUAUAAUCAUAAUGUUGGAAGUGGUGGACAAAACAGGCAAAGCCAUCGAGAAAUUUCUGAAGGAGCUGAACAGCACAGGAGCGAAUAAGAAACGUCCCUUCACUAUGAUCGGGAGCUCCAGACUGGGCCGAAGUCUUUAUAAAGAGCAGUUUGUCUGUUUCUACAGAGAAGACGAAGCUGAACUGGUUGACACUUACCAAUACGAGGACAAUCAGGAGGGCGAUGAAGACGCAUUCUCUCGAGAACCUUUCAUUUUGCGCUUCAACUGUAAACACACAGUGCUGAAAGAUUUGGUGUUGAUUCCCGUUCACACGAAGCCCAAAGAUUCCCAGAAGGAGCUGGAUGAACUGUACGAUGUGUUUCUGCAGGUCAAGGAGAAAUGGAAGACAGAUAAUGUCAUGAUACUGGGUGACUUCAAUGCCGACGGUGCGUACGUCUCCAAGAAAAAGAUGAAAGCUAUCAGAAUCCGCACUGAUCCUGAUUUCCAUUGGCUGAUUGGGGAUGAUGUCGACACUACGGCCAGACUCUCCAAUGACCACACCUACGACAGGAUUGUGGUGUAUAAAGACGAUAUGUUUGAUGCUGUCGUCAAAGGAUCCGCAAAACCAUUUAACUUUCAAACAGCCUACAAGCUUUCUGAGGAAAUGGCACUGGACAUCAGUGAUCAUUAUCCAGUGGAGGUGAGUCUGAAAAAGAAGACUGCAGCAAAGACUGGCAGCAAAACCAAAACACAGAAACGCAAAGCAUGAUGGGAUAUCAGUGUCCACUGCACAAGCUCUCAAUGCAUUUACAAAUGACCGAACUCAUCACUCGUCUUCAGGAGAGAUGCUACCUCUUUAUUUAGAUAACCAGGGAAUUAAAGUUUUUUAUAUUUUAUAGAAAAAUAUCACGCAGUAAUAUUAUUAUUAUUGUUGCAGUUUUGCUUUUGAAUUUCUCUACAAUUUUAAUUUUCAUAUGUA